AUGGUACUCAUGGACAACGCGGGCUUCCAGCCAGACGCCGAGGCGGCGUUUGGCGCAUGCCGCACGGGCAGGGGCUGGCGCUGCCCAACAACCGGCGCGCGCCCGACGGCUGACCGCCGCAGCCUAAGAACUCCCGGCGCCAAGCAACAGCAGCAGGCAGCAGGCAGCAGCAAGCAGCAACGGGUUUUCCCUCUCGCGGUGAGCUGAAACCGCCACCUCCGAUGUGC